AUGCGACGUUUAUCCCUACCACCAUCACUGCCCGAAUCGGAAGCGACAACGCUAUCAUCAUCAUCCGGUCCGACCACAGAGGAGAAUCCAACCACAACACCCAUACCUAAUUCCAUGAUGACAUUGGAAAGAUCCAAUGAGGAUCCAAUUAUAUCAGAUUAUGUUUCCGAUGAAGAAACUAAUACAAGCAACACUACGAGCAUACACCAACAAGUACAAGUAAAUGUAAAUCAUCAUCACACGGACCAUACAACCACACCUCCUUCUCAUAUUGAUUCCACUAGCAACACGACUACUGAUAACAACACUUCCCAUGUACAGCAGCAGCCUAAUUCCAAUCCAAACACAUCUCAUGAUUCAGAUUCCAUGUGGUCUUGUAAUAUUUGUUUUGAUACAGCCAAUGAACCAGUCAUUACUCAAUGCGGACAUUUAUAUUGUUGGUCAUGUCUUUAUAGAUGGAUGCAAAGUCAUUCUACUCAAAAUUUACAAUGUCCUGUUUGUAAAGCAGGUAUUCAACAAGAUAAAAUAAUUCCUAUUUAUGGUAGAGGAAGUAGUAGUAACACGAGAAGUGAUUCUAAUGAAAAUCAGACAUUUCAAAAUAGUGAUGGUGUUCCUUCAAGACCUCGUGCACAAUAUACAGAUUCUAGAACAACACCAAAUCCAAAUUAUAAUCCAUUUCAUAAUAUGGGAAAUAUAUUUGGAGGAGGUAAUUUCUUUGGAAUGGGAGGAGGAUUGGGAUUUGGAAGUCCAAUAGGUGGAGGAAUUCAUGCAAGCAGUGGCACUACUGGAUCAUCAUUCUUAUUUGCUGAUGCAUUUCGAUUCUUUCCAUUUUUUGAUAUUCAAUACAGUAGUAGUAGUGGUACCACCAGUACUGGAGGUGGUGCUAGUUUGGGAAUGGCACAACAACAAGUCGUAUUCAUCCACCUCCUUCUGAACAAGAAGAAUUUCAAGGCUUUAUUCGACGAUUGGCAUUCUUUUUUGGAUUUUUAUUACUCUUUUACAUUAUAUUUGUAG